AUGUUCAAUAGAUAGCCUUUCUAUUUACACACAUCAAGAUUUUAAAGACCAUCUUAAAAAGUCAAUGUGUUGCCUUCGGUGGCUUAAUAUUUAUAGAAAGUUAGAACUCCUGAAAAAAACAUUCCAAAAUAAAAAGAAUCUCCAUCAUACAGAAUUAAAAGCAAUCCUAAAAUUAACUCACACCGACAGGCAUCCUCCUCAAGUCCCAGUAGAGAAAAACCUUAGCUUAAAUACAAUUCGUUUCAUUCUUAAUAAAUCAAACAAAAAAAAAGACUUUAAGAAAUGGGCAAUGAUUCUUAAGUAAUCUCGAGAAAAUAAAAAACAGAAGCAGCAGUAGAAAAUUACAUCCAAAGCCCUAAAAAAAAUGUCUUAUAGGAAUCUUAGGAAAUUAUGUUAAAAUUACAAAAAAAUGCAGCAGUUAGAAGAGUUAAAACUGAAGAAUGCGAUAGAGAAGAUCAUUUGCAUUCCGUAAGAGGAACAGUUUAAAGAUAAAAUAAAAAUUAAAAAUUUGAAAACUAGAACCUCUUAGAUUUGUUAUUGCUUUCUACAGUUGAAUUAAAACAUCACUUUGAAUAGACUCGAACAGCCAGACAAAUUAUGCCAACAAAAGCUAGAGCACCUAGAUUAAGCAUCAGAUAAUUUCCAAAAGAUUUCUUUUGUUGA